AUGAACUUCAGCUCAAGAAAUGCACUUACAGGUAAAAGACUAUUAAACCCAGAAAACCAAAGCAGCACUUCACCACCUAAAUAUUCUGAUAUAAGCAGACUUCCUCAUCGUUGGAAAACUGAUAAAAUUAAUUUUUCGACAAUUGAUGUUUCCGAGCUUCUUGGAAAUAAAAAAAUCAUCCAAUCUCCUCCAAGGACUGAUUUUAACGUCCCUGAUUAUCCUUUAAGAAGGAUAAGAAAAGGAGUAUCUGGCUGAGACUGGAAAACAGAGGCUGACGAGACUUUUGAGUCUUUCAGCCGCCCUGAAAGGUCGUCAAUUUCUUGUAAACCUACAAGAGACUCUUUCUCUGUAAUUUUUCCAUCAAGAAACUCAAAAAUAUACCAAUCCCAAAGGAAACCAUCCCCUGAUAUUUUGGAAAAUAUUCCCAUAAGAGAAUUUAAUAGAAAAACAGACAGGCUUUCGACCUACAGUGAAGCUAUGCUAAAAGCCAAGCAGCUGUUUAAAGGAAUUAAUAGAUAA